AUGCAAGACAUCGCCUUCUUGUCUGGUGGCCGGGGUAAGGACAAUGCUUGGAUAAUUACAUUUCCAGAAAACUGUAAUUUCAGAUGUAUACCAGAAGAAGUAAUAGCAAAAGUGCUGGUUUACUUGACAUCUAUUGCCAGGCAAAAUGGAUCUGACUCCCGGUUUACUGUUAUUCUGGAUCGAAGGCUGGAUACAUGGUCUUCUCUCAAAAUCUCUCUACAGAAAAUCUCAGCUUCCUUCCCUGGGAACUUGCACUUGGUUUUGGUUCUACGUCCCACCAGUUUUCUUCAACGAACUUUCACAGACAUUGGGUUUCGAUUUAGCCAAGAGGAUUUCAUGCUCAAAUUGCCAGUGGUUAUGCUGAGCUCAGUUAGUGAUUUGCUGACAUACAUUGAUGACAAGCAAUUAACCCCUGAGUUAGGCGGCACCUUGCAGUACUGCCACAGUGAAUGGAUCGUCUUCAGAAAUGCUAUAGAAAAUUUUGCCCUCACAGUGAAGGAAACGGCUCAGAUGUUACAGUCCUUUGGGACCGAAUUGGCUGAGACUGAACUACCAGAUGAUAUUCCUGCAAUAGAAGAAAUCCUUGCACUCCGUGCUGAAAGGUACCACAUGUUGAAGAAUAAUAUUACAGCUGUAACCAAAGAAGGAACAAUUCUGCUAACAAGUCUCGAAGCACCUGACGCUGAGAAAGUUGUCAGUUCAAGACUUGAGCGUCAUCAGCAAAUCAGUGGCGACUGGCAUACUAUUAAUAAAUUGCUGACUCAAGUACAUGACAUGGAAACAGCUUUUGAUGGAUUUUGGGAAAAACACCAACUGAAAAUGAAGCAGUAUCUUCAGCUGUGGAAGUUUGAGCAGGAUUUUCAGGAGCUUGUGACUGAAAUUGAACUGCUGCUAAACCAACAAGCAGAGUUGGCUGAUAUAACAGGGAAUAUAUAUCAAGUGAAGCAAAAACUCAAAAAGUUGGACAAUUUAGACGAAAAUUCUCAGGAUCUGUUAGCAAAGGCCCGGUUUGUGAUAUUACAUGGACACAGGCUUGCAGCCAGCCACCAUUACGCACUUGAUUUAAUCUGCCAGAGGUGCAAUGAGCUACGCUACCUCACUGAUAUUUUGGUGAAUGAGAUCAGAACAAAACGGAUACAGCUCAGCAGGACCUUCAAAAUGCAUAAACUCCUGCAGCAGGCUCGACAGUGCUGUGAUGAAGGGGAAUGUCUUCUAGUUAAUCAGGAAAUAGAUAAAUUUCAGUCUAAAGAAGAUGCAAGGAAAGCUCUCCAAGACAUUGAGAAUUUUCUUGAAAUGGCUCUGCCCUUUAUAAAUUACGAUCCUGAAACCCUACAGUAUGAAUUUGAUGUAGUUUUAUCUCCUGAACUCAAGGUUCAAAUGCAGACUGUACAACUGAAGCUGGAAAACAUUCGAAGUGUGUUUGAGAGCCAGCAGGCUGCUUUCAAGGACCUGACAGAGAAGCGUGUGAGGCCGAUCCAGUUUGUGGUAUCCGGAACAGAACAUUUGAUCAGAUCCAGGGUACCGUUCUUCUCACCUAAGCAUGUGGGAAUUGGAUACUCUUUCUUUCAAGCAUGUAAACUUUUUUCAAAAGGGAAGAAGACUUGGAGACAAAAUCAGAGCAACUUAAAAAUUGAACUGGUGCAUGACGAUCAGGAGAAGAGUAGUUCCAGUCAAUCCUCUCCUUUGGGCAAUGACAAUAGCUUGGAUGUUUUAAAGAACCACGUUUUAAAUGAGCUGAUACAGACUGAAAGGAUGUACGUCCGAGAGCUGUUUACUGUCUUAUUGGGCUACAGAGCAGAGAUGGAUAAUCCAGAGAUGUUUGACCUUAUGCCACCUCUCCUGAGAAAUAAAAAGGACGUUCUCUUUGGAAAUAUGGCAGAGAUAUAUGAGUUCCAUAAUGACAUUUUUAUGAGCAGCCUGGAAAAUUGCCUUCGUACUCCAGAACGAGUGGGACAUUGUUUCCUGGAAAGGGAGCUAUUAAAAUACAGCAAAGACUGUGAAGGAACUGAACAAUUAAAAGAGGCACUUGACACAGUGCUGGAAUUACUGAAGUCAGUUAAUGACUCCAUGCAUCAAAUUGCAAUAACUGGUUAUAUCGGAAACUUGAAUGACUUGGGCAAGAUGAUAAUGCAAGGCCCGUUCAGUGUCUGGACGGGACACCGAAAAGGUGCUACAAAAAUGAAGGAUUUUGCUAGAUUCAAGCCAAUGCAGCGACACAUUUUCUUGUAUGAAAAAGCCAUUGUUUUUUGUAAAAGGCGUGUCGAAGGUGGAGAAGGCUCUGAAAGAUAUCCAUCAUACAGUUUUAAACACCAUCUGAAUAUGGAUGAAGCUGGAAUUACUGAAUAUGUAAAAGGAGACACCCGAAAGUUUGAGAUCUGGAACAGCAGGAAGGAAGAAGUUUAUAUUAUCCAGGCUCCAAAUACAGAUGUGAAGAUGUCAUGGUUAAAAGAAAUAAGAGCUAUUUUGUUGAAGCAACAGGAACUUAUGGCAGUUAAAAAAAGAGACCAGCGGAAUCCGGUACCAGGCGAGGAUCAGCUUUCUCAUCAGCAGAAUGAUGAAAAGCAACAGGGAUGUUUUAUAAGUUCAGAGGAGACUGAAUCUGAACACACUGGUGCUAUGGUGGAGUUUGGUGAAGCCACCGUGCCGGUUCAGACAGAAGCAAACACAGUUUGGACUGAGAUGUCACCCUCUGCAGACACCUCUGAGGAACCUGAGGAAUGGUCAAGCAAAGUCGUCUAUUCUGCUUGUGCAGCAUCUGAAGAAGAAGAAAAGUCCAUCAUGGUUAGUAAUAACAUAGUAAAAUUAAAACCCUUGAGACAGUUUUACUGA